AUGGAAAGCGCUGGUGUUCCCCUUUGUACAGUUCCUUUCAGAGAGUACUUGGUAAAUCCUAGUUGGCAGGCAGCUCAGGGUUUGGAGAAGGUUGGACUGGGAGAGAACAUGAAUAUCUAUAUUAAAGAGGUACCUGUGAGCUACAUCAAAUCACAGCAGGUGAUAGUUGGCAUGUGGGAAACGGUUAACCCAAAGGUUGCCAUACACCUUGGAAUAGCCCCGGGCUCUAGAGGCAUCUCUCUGGAGCAGACAGGCAAGAACCAUGGUUACAGAGAUAGAGAUGUGUGCUUUUGUCCUGUUAAUCAUUGCUGCAUUGAGGGAGGACUAGAUAGACUAGACUCAAUCAUAGACAUGAGGUCCCUCUCCAAGGACCUCAAACAAAUGGGUCUGGAUGUCAUCUACUCAAGGGACGCAGGAAGGUACCUGUGUGAUUUUGUGUAUUUCUGCUCUCUGCACCAUGGCCAUGGGAGGGCAGCCUUCAUCCAUGUGCCAGCCUCAGGCAGCCUGGCCACUCCUGAAAGACUGGUACCACUGCUGCAGACUGUCAUUCAGGCCAUGCUCAACCAGCUGGAGGCCCUACAAACAGCCAAAGACCACAUGACAACUGUCUCCAAGACUCCCGAAGCCCAACCAUGGCUACCUCAGGCAUAG